GUAAUCGUAGUCGUAGUCGUAGUAGUGUGUAGGAACAACACUCUUUAUAUAAGAGUGAACACAACUACGGCGAUUAAAGCUCGGCAACGCAACGGUAAACGUACAUAACGUAACAAGCAAAAAGGCUGCUGCCGUUUUCAAAAUAAAACCGAGUCAGCCACACAGGGAGAGAGGGCGAGAGGGGGAGAACAAUCUAUAAAAUAACAUUAGAAUGGUAGUUAAGAGACUACACAAUGAUCCGGUUUUGGAUAUUCACAGCAUUUCUCAUUUCUCUUGGUUGCUAUAUCUGUGUGAAAGCUCAGGACGACUUUUCAAGUCCUGUAACAUGUUAUAAAUGCAUGGGAACUAUGGUGAACAGUUCUUGUGCUGAUCCGGUGAACGUGAACAACAUCUCAAUGAAAGAAUGUCCACAAGGACUGUGUAUAAAAUGGACGAGAAAGCUCGGUGGAGUUUGGUAUAUGGAAAGAACGUGCUCAGAUGAUCUUACAAUCUACAUCAGCCUAAUAGACCGUGUGUGUCGGACGGAGCGAAAUGGAAAUGGUUAUUUAUGUAUGUGUGGCAAACAUUUAUGCAACGCAGCUAACUCUCCUGUCACAGAAUCUCUGUACAUCAAAACGAUUGCAGUUACAGCUCUUUCGUUAAUAUUCAUGGUGCUGCAAUUAAUAUUAUGAUUUGUUCUAUCUUUUUCAUCUUCCUUACGCGCUAGCUGAACACACAGCGGUCCAUGUCGGACGUAGCUAUUGGGAUCAUACGAAAUAGGUGUUUCAACAACAACAGCAACAACAACGACAACAAAAAAUACUCUAAAUUAGUGAAUAUUUCACAGUUGAUUAUGUUUGUUUUUGUUUUUAACUUUAUUUUUUAUUCGUUUGUUUAAAAUGGCAAUGGAAGGUACUGGGUGAGAAUUUAUAAUUCUUGUCAGCACAGUUAAUGUAACUGAAGUAGUAAUUGUUGCUGCUGCCAUCUUGUUCUUCUUCUUGUUUUAUUCAACCGUUGCACUUUCAGGAAUAUGACCGUGAUUGUGCCCAAGAAGUUCUUUAAGAUUAUCAGAUUCACAACACCUCAAAAUUCGAAUAUUGAUGAAAUGAAAAGAAAAAAAUACCUUUUAUAUUUCAAGAGAGAGGUUAUCGCCUCUUUGUAGCUAUAUAUGUUAGUAAACUUCAACAUGCAAACAGCGAACCACUUCGUAAGCAUCAGAAAAAAAAAAAAGCACAAUGCAAAU